AUGGCCACUGGAAACCAUAAAUGCUUGAAGUACUUAGAGUUUGUAGUAAAGGAAUGUGACAAUGGAGUUCCCACCAUGUAUCCUCUUGACGAAGAACUCAUCAAGCUGUAUAUCAUCAACCAGAUACAAAGAUUAGGAUUGGCUGAGCAUUUUGGUGAAGAAAUUGACCAAACUUUAGAAACUAUUCAUAAAAGUUACAACAACCACGAAUUCACCGGAGACAACACCGAUUUUACCCCAAUAAAUUUUGCUGGUUUGUUCACAAUCAAGACAUUAUUUCCCACAAGAGUGUCAAUUAGAGAAAGCAAGAUCGUACACUAUAAGAUUGCUAAGAAAAGGCGUUUCUUCAAUAAAAAUGCCAGCGAAGAUAGUCUUGUUGCUUUCCCCAAUUUGAAAAGUUUGAUUGACCGUGAUUUGAAUGUUCCAUGGAUGGCUCGCCUAGAUCAUCUUGACCACAGGUUUUGGAUUGAAGUUAACAUGGAAGCUGAUACCUUAUGGGUUGGCAAGGCUUCUUAUUAUAGGUUGCUGCCUCUUCAAAAUGAUAAACUAAUACAACUUGCUGUGAGAAAUUAUGAGUUUCGGCAGUCAAUUUAUAGGAAGGAACUUGAAGAACUCAAAAGGUGGUCUAAGGAUUGGGGUAUAACUUCCAUGGGAUUUGGUCGCGAAAAAUCUGAUUACUGCUAUUUUUCCAUCGCUUCUGCCACUUCGUUGCCCCAUGACUCUAUCGUCCGGAUGAUUGUUGCCAAGAGUUCCACAGUUGUUACAAUUGCCGACGACUUUUUCGACACAAAAGGUUCUUUAGAAGAAUUGCAGACGUUGACGCAAGCUUUUCAAAGAUGGGAUGGGAAUGAUUUGACCAGCCACUCUAAAAAAAUAUUCGAUGUAAUCGACCACCUCGUGACUGAUAUAUCGACAAAGCUCCACCUUCGAAGCGGACAAAACGCGUUGGAAAACCUUCGCGAAAUGUGGAGGGUAACAAUUGCUUCGUGGAUGAAAGAGGCGACAUGGAGCAAAAUGGGAUAUGUUCCAUCAAUGGAUGAAUAUUUGGAAACUGGUACGAUAUCCUUCGCCAUGAACACGAUGAUUCUCCCAGGUGCUUGUUUCUUGACUCCCGGUUAUCCGAGCAACAUGCUGGAUCCCUCCAACUAUGAACACAUCACAAACUUGCUCAUGGGAGCAACGCGAUUGUUGAAUGAUGUCCAAGGCUAUCAGAAAGAAGAGGAGGAAGGAAAAAAGAACUUCGUAUUGCUAUAUUUGGAAGAAAACACAAAUGCUUCGGUUCUAGAAUCGAUUGCGUAUGUGAAAGAAAUGAUUGAUGGUAUGAAGAAAAAAAUACUCAAACAUGCCCUGUUGGAUGGAGUUGGAGGUUCACGCCAAUUGCCUAAAACAUGCAGAAUUUUCCACUUAUCAUGCCUAAGAAUUUGUCAAAUGUUUUUCAACUCUCGUAAUCUAUUCGAAUCGGUUUCGGACCUCGCUCACGAUAUAAACAUGGCAAUUUAUAUCCCACUACCUUCAAAAAUCGAUACAUCUAAAUUUGUAAUGGAAGUUAAAAGGCUGAAUUGA